AUGGAAGGGGCACCACCUUUUUCAUGGAUAGCACAUCCCGUAAAAGUUCAGCUUGUGAAUGGUGGACGUGAACGAUCUGUGGAAGGCAAUUUGUACACGGUAGACCCUGUAACUGGAAGCAUAGUGGUACUGCAGUUUCAUAAUGAAAAGCCCUGGCAGCUUUCUUGGAUUCCGCGCGAAGGGUACACAUCUGUUCAAUUGUUGGAAGAAUCAUCGCCGUACUGUCAGCAGCACAGUGUUGAGCUCUCGGACAUGAUGGCCCACAUGUUUGGGAUGAGGAAAGUAGACGAUUUUGAUGUCGACGAGCUCAAACAAAGUCGCGAACGUCUUCUGUCUUGGCUGAGAACCAAUCACGUCGACGUAAAGGAGUGCGACGACAACUCGUUGUUGAUUUUUGGAGCCGCUCGCAUUCAUCCUCCGUAUACUGAAGACCACUGCACCUGUGACAAUGCUAUUGUGUUGAAAAGAUUACGUGCUUUAGUUGGAAAAGUCCCUCAGUAA